AUGGAAGAAAGGAACACCACUCUCAAGAUCAGGCUAUGCUACUGCUUACCAUCGUUAGCGCUUUAUAUCUGUGCUAGUCGCCCUUUUCAAAGAGAAACGAUCAGCUGUUACUUCAGCAAAGUACUUUUAUUCCUUGCUUAUCACGCAAGCAAUAUUGGGCUUACCUCAAGCAGCAGAGUGGCUGGUAGAUCUUGGAGAGAGAUGGUGGUAGACCGAACUAACAAUUGCAAAAGAGGGAAAUAUGUGAUGGAUGACACACACAAAUGCAUGCAAGCACUACGUCCUCAAGAGAUUCCCACAUGGGAACGAAUACUCUUUGGUUGCAUUAUACUGAUUAUAGCUUCUAUCUCAUUGGUUCUAAAUAUUCUAUUAGCUAUUAUUGCCUCUACUAACCCCAUUUUUGACAAAUCGCUACACCUACGCUUGCAGCAACUGCAAAGUGUACCUCUCGUGCUUGCCGAUAGUAGCAUUUACUUUUUCCGGGCUAAAUUUCGUUAUAUAUUUUGCAAUAUUUAUGAAAAUUAUGCAGUUGACGACGAAGACAUCGACGCUUACAUCCUCACAAAUAAAGCGGAGAGAAGUAAAAUUGGUUAUUCAUUUCCUACUGAUUUGUGUGGCACAAUUCAUCGGAAGCACAUGUUUUUAUUCCUUGCCAAAUUUGAUGCACGGACAUAA